AAACCAGACCUCAAAAAGAAAGAAAGUCGCACUCAACAGGGAAUUCGGGUUCCCUCUGGCCUGCACCUUUGCCUUCUUUCCGUCUUCUGAUUAUUAAAGGGGUGAAUUACCUAGUCAGGCAGGGCUGUGGCUAUGGCUCCGAGCCCCGCUGUCGCCCGCUCCGGCCCCAGACCUAGAACCUCACGCUGGCCUCUGAGCGCCAGGGCCCUGCGGGUCUCUGUGAUGCACACAGAGAGCAAAUGUCCACGCCGACUCAGAGCAGACAGACUGAGGACAAAACAGGUUCUGCUGACAAGCGCACACGAGGCUCAGGGACCACGGGUACUUUCAGUCAGGCCUGAGCCGCGGAGGGCUGAGCAGUGCGCACCGGAAGAGGUGAGGGCCCUGCCGGAAACCCACGGACAGAAAGACGCCCUGGGAAGACCAGGACGACAGCAGUGCUGCGAGGGAAGACGGCACCGUGAUCUACACUGGCAGAAGCUCUGCCCACCUGAGAGUGGGCAGCUCUUGUCCCAGAACUCUGCUUGGAAUCCCCUCAGGGUGGUGCUCUAUGUGCUGGACCCCCAAGCCAUCUUUCUUGGCUUUGAAACAACAUUUUCUACAGCAGCUUCCAGAGGAGCGGCUUGUGACUCUGAAGACAUCUUUAUUAUGCUCUUCGCAGCUCAUUCUCCAGGAAGGAGGCUUUGUUCUUGCAAAUGUGGGGAGAGUAUUCUGGCCCAGGGGAAGCUCAGUGAGUAGCGGGUGUGGAUUUGCCCUGCCGGACUUGGAUGCGUGACGUGGCACAAUUGUUUAUUCUCCUUAAUUAAAUUUUGGCUGUGAGUUCCCAUCUACCUGGCCAGGAAUUUAACCUCAAAUCAUUUUUAUGGGUGUCUCUCCUGCUCUCAGAAUCAAACCAGAACAUUCUGGAGAGAACCUCCAGUCUUCAGGCCCCUAUGGGGGAACCUAGGUGGUGUGGGGCCAGGUGUCCACGCCCCAGUGCAGAAACAGAUGUCGGUUCCCCUUCCAUGUCCCAUGGGAACCUCUGGCACAGCUCCCUGGCAGUGGGUCAGGGUCCUCUCCCCAGGCCCUCAUGACGCCCAGAGGACCCACCCCUCACUGAGAAGCCCCACCCUCAGCUGACCCCUCAAUCCUUCGGACACUCCAUCUCUUUUGCUACUUAAACCAUAGCCAAAAAGACGCCCCAUCACCCUCCCCCAGGCGAGGGAAGGCAGAGGUCACAAGACACAAACCCGUCGCUGCUCUCAGGAGAAGCACCCUCCUUCCUUCUGGAAGGGAUUGGAAAAUGAGACCAGCCUCUCUGUCCAGUCCCCUGGCAGUGGGUGCAGCUUUCCAUGGCCAGCCUGAGAGCUUCCAGCUGACUUGCUGGAGGGGGAGGAGCCCAGAGGUUUCCCUGAUGAGCUGUGAAAGGGCUUCCUGAAGGCGCUGAGAGAUUGAGCAAAAGGCAGACAGUGAGGAAGGGGAAACACUGGGUCUCCAGGGGGAUAGCAUCUGUAUAUCUCAGGCCCUGGAGGGCCGGGCCUCACGGUGACAUGAGCAUGUGUGGCUGCAACCCCGGAGUCCUGGACGGAGGUGAAGGCACCCAGGAUGAAAGGACUCAGGUGGGGUGGGCUUUGCACGGACUCCUAAACUCCAGAAGAUUAGCAGGAACAUAGGCAAGGCACUGGAAUCACACAGGAGAAGAGUCCCUGGGAAGCUGGCAGCAGCAGCGUUAUUUGAAGGACACCACAGUCAUGGUGUGAACUCUGCACUGGAGGAGCACCCCGUCUUGGGCACGGGCCGUGCUGAAGAAUGAGGAGCGUCACAGACUCGGGGACUCAGGCAUGUUUGUCUGUUCUCACGCUGCUAUGAAGAACUUCCCCAAGACCGGGUAAUUUAUAAAGGAAACAGGUUUAAUUGACUCACAGUUCUCCAUGGCUGGGGAGACCUCAGGAAACUUACAAUCAUGGCAGAAGGGGAAGCAGACACAUCCUUAUUCACAAGGCAGCAGGAUGGAGAAGUGAGAGCGCAAGAACAAACUGCCACUUUUAAAACCAUCAGACCUUGUGAGAACUCACUAUCAUGAGAACAGCCUGGGGGAUAUCUGCCCCCACGAUGCAAUCACCUCCAUCCAUCAACCCAUGAGGAUUACAAUUCAAAAUGAGAUUUGGGUGGGGACAUAGCCAAACCAUAUCAUCAGGGAAAUAUGGGGUGGGGAAGCCAGGAGAGGAGAAGGCAGCAGGGAGGAACAGGGAGACUUAUGCAGCCCACCAGGAACUCAGGGACGUGGCUCCAGGCCAUGGCCAUGUCCUUGCGGUGCACUGCAGGGCACCAAGGGUGGGCAUUGCCUAGUCCUGUGGGGAUGAGCACGUGGUUAUAGGAAUGGGCUGAACUGAAGGAAUUAUAAAGAAAACCAAAAUGGAUUUCAAAAUUUUUUCUUUAAAAUAUCUCCAUGCAGUUUUUAUAUGUUCCCAUGACAUUAAUAAAAGUAUUGUAAGUUUCAUUCAUUCAAAAAUACAUAUGAACUGCCUAUUAUGUAUUAUGUACCAGUGUUAGGAUUUUUUAUCCAAAUAUUUUUCCCAGUUUUGUUUGGCUUUCAAAUUUGUUCAUGAUGCUUUCUGAUAUGCUGAAAUUUUAUAUUUUCAUAUGAAAUAGAAUUUUCAAAUAGUACAA